GCGGCGGCCUGCAGACGCCGAGGCUUUGGGGCUGCCCGACUGGCGACAGCGGCUGUCAUGGCGGUCGCUCUGUGGGGCGUCCUUCCCGUGCUGCUGCUGCUGCUGCUGCUCUCGGGGGACGCCCAGAGUUCGGAGGGGCCGGGGGCCGCGGCCGAGGGCUCGGGAGGGAGUCCGGUCGGCGGGGGAGACCGUUUCAAGAUUGAGGGGCGCGCCGUCGUUCCUGGGGUGAAGCCGCAGGACUGGAUCUCGGCGGCCCGAGUGCUGGUGGAUGGGGAAGAGCACGUCGGCUUUCUGAAGACAGAUGGGAGCUUUGUGGUUCAUGAUGUGCCUUCCGGAUCGUAUGUUGUGGAGGUUAUUUCUCCGGCUUACAAGUUUGAUCCUGUCCGAGUGGAUAUCACUUCAAAGGGAAAAAUGAGAGCAAGAUACGUGAAUUACAUCAAGACAUCUGAAGUGGUGAGACUUCCCUACCCUCUUCAAAUGAAGUCUUCAGGCCCCCCUUCCUACUUCAUUAAAAGGGAGUCCUGGGGCUGGACAGACUUCCUGAUGAACCCAAUGGUUAUGAUGAUGGUUCUUCCACUAUUAAUAUUUGUGCUUCUGCCGAAAGUAGUCAACACAAGUGAUCCUGACAUGAGACGGGAGAUGGAGCAGUCCAUGAACAUGUUGAACUCUAACCACGAACUGCCGGAUGUUUCCGAGUUCAUGACAAGACUCUUCUCUUCAAAAUCAUCCGGCAAAUCUAGCAGUGGCAGCAGUAAAACAGGCAAAAGUGGAGCUGGCAAAAGGAGGUAGUCAGGUGGGUCACCGCUGUCAGUCACUCGCACAGACAGCAGCCUGGGGGCAUCCAGCCCUGAUGGGGAACCGAGCGAAGCAACUGCUGUAAACUUGAGUCAUCCUGGAAGUUGAUCUCGUACCACUGUUGUGUAUGUUAACUUUUUAACACAUGUGUUUUGUACUUGGUACACAAGAAAACCCAGCUUUCAUCUUUGUCUACAUGAGGUCAAUAUUAAUGUCACUGAAUUAAUUACAGUGUCCUGAAGAAAAUGACAUAAAUAAAUUAUAUGAAAUGCUAUACAUUACAUAUAUUAAAAAUCUUAAUCCAGA